CCUCAUGCUUCCCAAAUUCUCUGCUUGAGCUCCACUGUGAGGUAUAGCGACCGGGUGGAGUCUUCGAACUUGCCGUGUAGCCUGCAUCAUCUCAGAAAAGCUCAAAACAUAAUGAAAGUCAGUCUUGUAACGUUGAUUGUCGCCGUCACAUAUGUAUGGGUAGCUGUAUGUGCUCCGCCUACAUGUUACUCGAGGGUGUUAGGACUAAGUAAGGAAAUAAUGGAAAUAUUACACAAAUUACACAAACAUCACCGCACGAAAGAAUGCGCCAAAGUGUUGCCCAAGAUGUUUCUAGACGUGCACAAUUCCUGCAUCAUGCCGAAACUUCGAGACUUUCUUUUUGUCGUGGAAAACCUACCUACACCUUAUUGCAGAGCACGUCCCAGAGUAACUUUUCUGCGGCGAAAAGUCCUGAACUUGUAUACAAUCAUCAACAGAGUUUGCUACCGUGAUCUUGUGUAUUACACGGAUGACUGCGAGGCCAUUGAGACAGGACACAGCAGCCCACGGCACGGAGAGGACAGACUUCAGCUGUUAGAAGAGAACUGAGGGAGAAAUGAACUUUUCAGACUUUCCUAGGCUACUCUACAGUAUUUUGGUCCAUAAUUGAGUUAUGCACAAAACAGGAGAAAAGUAGCUAUUUAAUAAAAGUAAAAUAAAAACACACAAAUACUCAGUAGGCCUCUGGAUAGUUUAUACCCCCCUAUCCAGAGGGAAACUUUCCACAGGAAAUGUUCAGAAUGUCAGACAUUCCAAUGAAAAUCUAAAAAUAAUAAACCAGGAUAUAAUAUUUGCAUCACUCUCAGGUCCGAAGAGUCUAUUUACACACACGCACCGUUCAUUCACUUUCAGAGAGCAUCUAUUAGUGAAGUGCCUACAUGUAGCCUAUGCCUUGCAAAAACAGCAAAAGUACUUCUCGAUAGGUUAGUUUUUGUAGUUUCAUAUUGUUUUGCCAAUUGGAAAGUCUUUUCCUCCUACAUGCUGACAUACACAUCCUAUAAUAUAAUGGGAUGCAUGUAGGCAUAUAUGCUGAUAUACAUGUAUGAAAUAUUUUACAGGAAGUAAAAGGUAGUUAAUCACAGAGACUCGAUUUGUGUGUUUUCUCUGAAAAUGAUGUGCUUCAGGGGUAUAGCAUUUCUUCCUUUGCAGGAGAUAACUCCUAGUUAUGUGUGUUUGGUGUAGGCUAAUACUCAGCGCAGGUUGUAACCUAUUUCGAAAUCCCAAAUCUAUCAGCAUCACCACAGGAAAGUUUGAAACUUCAUUUAUAUCUAUGCACAGCACCUCGGGUGUAGUAUUCAAAAACUAUUUACUUUUUUAGUAAACACUAUUUUAUUUAAUUACAAGUUACUUACACAUAUUUACCCAAUCAGUAUUUGUAUUGUGAACAUCUAUGCUUCAAAGGGGAAAAUAAACAUCAGAAGUAUUCAAA